UCGAGGGGAAAGGGUUGCUUAGAUUAGGUGAAGACAGUUAAUUAGCAGGUGUUGACUCCGGGGAGAUAGAGCGAGUCCCUGGGAUUUUUAAUUGCUGAAAAUCAACCAAAGCUAACACUCCCUCUUCACCUGCCUAUUUUUCUGCUCUCUUUUUUCCUUUGUUUUGUUUCUCCUUUUUUCUUUCUAUUUUUCUGCGCUCUUUUUUUCCUUUGUUUUGUUUUAGCCCAUUCAAAAACCAAAAUCCUCCAAAAGCUCUCUCUCUCUCUCUCACCGAUCAAUCAAUAAUAUGCAAAGAGAAACGGAUGAUGAGCGGCUAUAUGUGCCAAGUGGAGGAGGAGGAAGCCCAGAAACCCCAUGCAGUUUAAAGAGCAGUACUACUGCUACUGCAUGUGCAAGUGCUAGUAACAACAACAACAACAAUCACCAUCACAACAACCACCACAACAAAGAACAAGAUAGGUUCCUUCCCAUCGCCAACGUCGGUCGCAUUAUGAAGAAAGUGAUUCCGGGCAACGGAAAAAUCUCGAAAGAUGCAAAGGAAACUGUCCAAGAAUGCGUCUCCGAGUUCAUCAGCUUCGUUACAGGAGAAGCAUCCGACAAAUGCCAAAGAGAAAAGCGCAAGACCAUCAACGGCGAGGACAUUAUUUGGGCUAUCACAACGCUCGGGUUCGAGGAUUAUGUACAUCCAUUAAAAUCGUACCUCCAUAGAUAUAGAGAUCUCGAAGGAGAAAAGCUAAACGUUCCAAAGCAACAAAGAUCGGAGCAAAGGCUGCACCAGCAACAACAACAACCAGAUCAACAGGAUCAUCACAACCAAACUUUACUACCUUACGAUAAUAAUAGUAGUAGCAGUGUAUAUUCUUCGACGACGAAUGUCUUGUCUCAGCCGUCAUUCAUGGCUGAUCAUCAUCAGGCAUUUUCUUUGCCUUUCUCCCCAAGUUCAAUUCAAAAACAGUUUCAGCCACAACAGGAUCAGAUUGAUUCAGUGGGGCAUUGGUAAGAAGAUAAUCAAUCGGGCCUUUUCUCUUCGUUGUUGCUUGAGUUUCCCCGGCCUGCCUACCCUCCUUAUACAUACACAUAUACAUACAUACAUACAUACAUAUAUAUAUAUAUAUAUAUAUAUCUACAUCGUGCUAAUCAAUACAAAUGUAAUUUAAUUAAUGUUGUUGACAAUAUAUAUAAACACUUACGUAUGAGCUCGACUCAACCUUGAUUGUUUGGAUCAUAAUGAAGUAAAAGCGUGUAUUUAA